UCAACUAGUCACAUGUCACAUUGUCCCCAAAUAUGGUGCAGAGCUCUGUUUGCUCUUCUAAAGGCGUAAACAUUUACUCAAAUGUAGACUUUUCUGUUUAAUGAAUGUUAUCCUUAAGGCUUCGUGGAGAUCACUUUUUACAUUACUGUAACCGUAAUUUCAUGUGGUUGUUAAUGACGACCAUCAACGGGUGGGUGACAUGGGCCGAACAAGCAAACAUUUCUCUCAGUUGCGAACUUCUAGUCAGUAGUGAGUCAGUGUCACUUAUGGAGGGUGGCUCUGCCCCUGCCGUGGUAUAUUUUAGCCAUCAGUAGGUCCAUUUCUGACCGACGGUGUGAACGGCAUCAGUUAGGCUGGUACAGAGUCUCCGGGCAGGAGGGGCUAACCACCGAGAAGCUGCCAACGUCGACCAAAAAGUCUCUCGGAUGUGUUCAGCCGAGCGGACCUGAAGACCCUCCGCACCAGGCUAUGGUAGUCUUCACCCCCGGUCCAGGCCUGACAGUGAGAAUGAAGACAACACUUCAAUGACCUCCUUUGGUGUUGCCAUCCGAGGCCUCCCCCUGGCCUUGGCGUCCAUGACACAAGCUACCACCUCAGACUCACGCUUCCACCCAAAAUGGCGGGCGAUCACUGUGGCAAUCCUGCUGGCUUUAGUGCUCAUACUGUAUCUGCACCGGACAGUAGGGGACAGAGACACUCCUAUCAGGAGCUACUACCGAAACAGGGCUCACAGUUUGCAACUGUACAGCGAGGGUGAGGAUGACCGCUUCAGGGACACCAACAGACAAACUGCACGAAACCUCGCCCGCCGUCAGAAAAGGGAAAAACCUUACAAUGACACUUACCCUUUAAGUCCUCCAGAGAAGACAAAGAACGGCAUCCGCUACCGUAUAGGUGUGAUCGCAGACCUGGACACUGCAUCGCGUAGCUCUAAGGAUCAGACAUGGUUCAGCUACAUGAAAAGAGGUUAUCUGACUGUUUCAGAGAGUGCUGACAGACUGGCGGUGGAGUGGGAUGCUGAAACUGUCACCCUGGAGAGUCAUCUGGCUGAGAAAGGACGAGGUAUGGAGCUGUCAGAGCUUGUGGCGUUCAACGGUCACCUGUACAGUGUAGAUGACCGUACAGGUGUGGUGUACAGGAUCGAGGGCAACCAGGCUGUCCCCUGGGUUAUAUUACCUGAUGGUGAUGGCACAGUCUCCAAAGGGUUCAAGGCAGAGUGGCUGGCAGUGAAGGAUGAGCACCUGCAUGUUGGUGGCCUGGGAAAGGAGUGGACCACAACCUCUGGGGAAGUUGUCAACAACAACCCAGAGUGGGUUAAAGUCGUUGGCUACCAUGGCGAUGUGGAGCAUGAGAACUGGGUGCCAUACUACAAUGCCCUGCGGAGUGCAGCAGGGAUCCAACCACCAGGCUACCUUAUCCAUGAAUCAGCAGCUUGGAGUGAGCAUCUCCAGCACUGGUUCUUUCUCCCUCGCCGUGCCAGUCACGAGCACUACGAAGAGACUGCUGACGAGCGGCGUGCUACCAACCUCCUCCUGUCCUGCCGCGCAGACUUCAGCUACAUAACCACGCGGCAUGUCGGACCGCUCAACCCCACCCACGGCUUCUCCUCAUUUAAGUUUGUUCCAGACACAGACGAUCAGAUUAUUCUUGCCCUAAAAUCAGAGGAAGACGCAGGCAGGAUCGCCACCUACAUCAUUGCAUUUACACUUGAUGGUCGGGUUCUGAUGCCUGAGACAAAGAUCGGGGAUGUGAAGUAUGAAGGGCUUGAGUUUAUCUGAAAGUGACAGGGCUGUUCCUGAAGGUAAACUCUGCAGGGGUCCUCAGUGUUUCAGAGGAUUAGGAAGUAGACUGUUCUUAUGAAACACUGUUAUUUAAAGUCUUACAUUCACCUCUCAGUUCUACUGUGCAAUAAUCACACAUGAUACAAUUAUUUCAAAUUUACAUUACAUGAUGACUGAGAGAUGCGGGAGAAAACCACAUCACCGGGGGAGGACAAUUUUAGUCUCACCAAAGACAGACUGGCUACAACCAUAAGUCGCGCACAAUUUUUCACUGGUCAGUCACCACCAGAUGAGAUUUUUUUUUUUUUUAAUGUUUUAAAGUUUUAAUUACCUUGUAUCAGUGCUGGUGGAAAAACGUUGUCUCAACCCUGAGUUAAACAUCCUGGUUUGAUUGGACACUGCUGAUAUUCCAGAGGAGUCUGGGUAAAAAGGUUUCUUUUACUAGUAGCCAUCGGGCUGUCAAACUCCAGGUUAAUGUGGACCUCCUCUCCUGCAGCCAAAUUCUGCUGGUCAGACACUCAGGGGAACAAGGUGAAACAGCGUAGCAUAUUUUAAAAGAUAGAAAUGAAUGUUCUUGAAUGAAAUGAAAUAAUGAGCUUACUCGUUGCUUUUGUGUUUUCUUUUACCUCUUUAGACACACUGAAGUUGCUCUUAUUAAAUUUCUAUUGAUGUAAUAGGUCGAGUAGUGGUAACUUGAUGCAUUGAUCCAUAAACAAGUUAUUCUGGCCAGGUCCAUCUCAAGUGUUUUUUCAUAUGUUAAUUAACUGAUUAUCAUUAGCUUUUCAAGUCAAUAGAAUAAGUGAAACACCAGCGAUUUCAUUUAGAGAUUAACCAUUAAUAUAUUCCUUUUGUAUCCCUUCAAAAUACAAAUUAAAGUU